ACAAAGACUCCCACUUCUGUCCGCAGGGAGGAAGCCGCAGCUCGGUCCCACCCGACUUUAUCAAAUCAAGAUGAAAACGUUAUUUUUGUUGCUUCUCUUCUGUCACGUUUCAUUAGCAGUGAAACACUCUCUGACGUUUUUUAUAACUGGAUCCAGUGGAGUCCCAAACAUUUCAGAGCUUGUGAUAGCUACUGAGGUUGAUGGAAGUCUGGUAGGUUACUGUGACAUCAACAAAAAGAUAUUAGAACCAAAACAGGACUGGGUGAAAAAAAUAUUUGAAGAUGAUCCUCAGCACUUUAAGCGGUACACUUUGCAAUGUUUUGAGAGAGUGCCAAACCUAUUCAAAGUGCUGAUUCAGGAUUUGAAACAGCGCCUCAACCAAAGUGGAGGUAUCCACAUUUUACAGGAGAUAGUUGGUUGUGAGUGGGAUGAUGUGACUGGAAAGGUUAAUAGUUUUUUGAAGUUAGGUUAUGAUGGAGAAGACUUCUUAUCUUUUGACCUGAAGACAUUGUCAUGGAUCGCUCUGAAACCUCAGGCUGUCACCACCAAACUGAUGUGGGAUGCUGACAAAGCUAUAACAAAAGACAAUGUGAAUUUCAUCACUAAGGUUUCUCCUGGGUUCCUGAAGCAGUAUGUGGCCUAUGGCAACAGCUCUCUGCAGAGAAAAGACCUUCCCUCAGUGUCUCUCCUCCAGAAGACUCCCUCCUCUCCAGUCAGCUGCCAUGCUACAGGUUUCUACCCUGACAGCGCCUUGAUGUUCUGGAGGAAAGAUGGAGAGGAGCUUCAUGAGGACGUGGACCACGGAGAGAUCCUCCCAAACCACGAUGGAUCCUUCCAGAUGAGUGUUGACCUGAACCAUUCAUCAGUCACACCUGAAGACUGGAGGAGGUACGACUGUGUGUUUCAGCUCUCUGGUGUGAAGAACGACAUCGUCACCAAACUGGACAAAGCAGUGAUCAGGACCAACUGGGUUUCUCCCUCAGAGUUUCCUGCUGGUGCUGUUAUUGGAGUUGUUGUAGGACUGCUGCUGCUGGCACAUCACUGGACUCUUCAUCUGGAGAAGGAACAAUAAUGGAUUCAGAGCUGCAAACAUGAGUAUGUCAUUGUUUCAACGAGACUGUGCACAUAUUAUGUCCACUGACAUAAUGUACAAUAUUCUUCCCAGCUGCAUGACACAAAGCUUAUUUUUAUAAUUCACAAAAACAUUCUGCAUGAGAAAACAUUUUCUCAGUCCAUCCAUUAUGACUACAGGAAGCAGAUGGCUCUGGGGUUUUAUGGUACUACUCCAUAAAUCAAAAGUACAUGUACCAAUACAACAAUGUAACACUACUCUGUUACAUGUCAAAGUCCCGCAUUUAAAAUCCUACUGAAGUAAAAGUUCUCGUUAUGACGAAAAGGUUUACAAUAUUACAGGUGGAGCUUGUUUUUACUGUUUUAUAUACAGUUUAUAUGUAGAAGUAUAAAGUAGCAUACAAUAAAAAAGUAAGGUCCACCUCUGUCACAAACUCACAAUUACUCACAUAAAGUAUGUUAAUAAUGUUCAUGAACUCUGAUAAGUUUCUAAUCAGUUAUUAAAUUUUUCCUCUAUUAAUCUGCUUUUACAGGUUCCCACUGAAGAUAAAAGAGAACUCCAAUGACGUUACUGUUGCAUCCAAAUCAUUAUUUAUUUCCCAGAGAGCGCUUCAUUAGCAUUCAUAGACGAAGACUUUUUUUUUUUUUUUUAUCAAAAUGUGUUUAUAUGUAACAUUGAGAGGUUCAUAGGCCCUUUAAGAACCUCACAGAUUAAGUGUGUAAUUAUUCACUCACUCAGUUAUUUAAGUGUCAGUCAGAGCUGACAGUCUGGACUUCAUUAGAGUUUUUUUAAGACCAGUUAAGGAAUAUAAUUAAUGAAAAGUUCCUCAUUCCACAGUGGUUUCUAACAGGAGUGCAGCCAGAUGACAGUGAAGGUGGUUGGACUACUGAGCGGACCAUUGCAUUUAUUGCCUAUUGUUGCCUAUCAAGUCCGUUUGGCAAGCAAGUGCAAUUUAGACUGAGCAGAUACAAUGUAGAUACAAUGUAGAUAUGAAGCCGGGUCAUACUGCUAAGUAUCUGCUGUUGGGUGAGUGCAGGAUUUAACUCCCUUCAAACGGGAGGGGGGGUGGCACUGCAGGUGGGACAAGGAUAACCAGAGAAAAAGAGUGGCACAAACUUGAAUUAAUUUGAUUUGUGUAGGGAAAAUAAACACAUACAAGCAAACAAAUUGCUGAUGCUAUUGUGCUGACCUUUAUUUUCCUAAACUUGGAUCAUUUUUUAUUAGAUUAGAUUAUACUUUAUUCAUCCCAUAAUGGGGAAAUUUGCUCGUCACAGCAGCAAGACAGAAGCAAAAGAUGUGUAAUAUACACUACAGAAAUAAAAUAGAAUGAGCAAACACAACGAACAGACAGAAAUGUCCUUAAACAUAUACGACAAACAAAUGGACAAAUAAACAAUUGCAAAGACGGGCAAAAGGAGUACUAAAAGUAAAGUGGCCAUAGUAUAAAUAAUAUUGUACAUGGUAAGAAAUUGAAGUGAAAAAAUAAAUACUGAUAAAAGACAGAUAUACAAGCUAUGGUGAGUAGUGGUGGUUAUUGGAAAAAGAAACUACAACAUUGAUCAGGUGUUGUAGAGUCUGACAGCGGCAGGGAUGAAAGACCUGCAGAACCUCUCCUUCUUACACCGAGGGUGUAACAGUCUGCUGCUGAAGGAGCUACUCAGGGACCCCACAGUGUCAUGUAGGGGGUGAGAGUUGUUGUCCAUGAUGGAUGUCAGCUUCACUAACAUCCUCCUUUCACCCACUUCCUCUAUAGAGUCCAGAGGACAGUCCAGGACAGAGCUCGCUCUCCUGAUCAGUUUACUGAGUCUCUUCCUUAGUUCCGUUCCUGGACCUCAUCUAGUUUAUAUCAUUAGGCACUAGUCAUCUGUCUUUGUUGAUUAGUUGUAAGUUUCAUGUUUCCACUUUUGAAGCACACUAAAGACCCUGCACUAAACCCUGUUGUAAAAUAUUUUCCCUCUAUUGUGUCAGAAAAUCAAACAAUAAAAUCUUAGUCCUCAUGUAUAAAUAAGCACAAUGGCUUAGCCCCAACAUGUAUCACUGAGCUCCAAUAUGAUACUGCGGGGCCUCUGAGAUCUUGAACUGCUUUCUAAUUUUUUUAUCUGCCGUUACAUUUUAUUGUUUCACUGUUUUAAGGAUCUGUUCUUUUCUGAAAUACUGCACCUUAAAAUCUGUGUUUGUGUAUGUGAAGUUGGGUUUUACAUCCCUCCCAUUAAUCCAUAUAUGGUUAUGAUUCACACAAACUAAUAAAAUUGUGAAUGAAACCAAAUGAA